CGUCUCUCGAUUCGUUCCUCCACGCUCUCGUCACCCUCGUCAUACUCAUCACCCACGUCGUCGUUCAUACCUACCUACCUAGUCGCUCACACCAAUACCCAUAACCGUACCCAUACCCACACCGGCACCCACACCUUCUCCCUUCGCCAGUGGCCGCCCCCUCCUCGCUCGCCCUCGAAUACUUCCAUUCUUCUACUCCACCUACAAACGCACACAAACACCCACACACACAGGUUGAUGGGCGAAUCCACCCUCGAUCGUCUCGACUCUACUCAUAUUUAUCCGCCGCAUCUUUCUGCUAUCCGUUCUGAGCCAUUUCGACUAGGUACGCAAGACGUUACGUUCAGCCACUGUCCUUCUUCCAUUGCCCCUUCUGCCCUUGCACUCUCGCAGCAGAACAGGCUUGCACAGGGUGCACUCCGAUAUCCACAGCACCUACGGCACCCCUAUCUUCUCCUGCAGCCCCUCUUGCAGCUCGCCGAUCUUCGCCCAGCCGUCGCCGCCGCCGCCGCCGCUGCAGCUGCGCUGCCUGCCUCGUCCCUAUCCACCGUCAUCGUGUCGCCGCACUAUCAAGGCCCGACUAACGAGCGGGACCUCCAACCCGCUGUGAAGAAAGACUUCACCGAACCGUCUCCUGCGCGUCCAGAAACCGAUGGGAAUAAAGGCACAUUGCAAGGCGUUCAGCGUAGCGCUCCGAUGACGCUAAACGGUGGUGCACCGAUGGGGCCCAAACGUGACGAAAAAGUCUCAUUCCCACGAAGCCAGCGGCCCUCGAUUGUUUCGCAGCACUCCAAUUCUGUACCAUCUACACCUUUACAGACAGCACGCCAGUAUGAGUCGCGGUCACGCUCGCCCUCCCCCAAUAGUGGCUUGGGUAGCCAUUCCCCGCGCUCUGUAUCGUCAGAAGCGAAUGGCCCCCUACCGACCUUGAGGGCCGCCAAACCAGGCCAUCAGUGCAAGUACGAAACCAAUGCGGCUUUUGGACGCAGGCGCAUGCCAUACACAUCAUCCGAUAUUUUGGAAAAGGCCAAGGAGGAGCCUAAGAAAUGUUUAGACCCCAAGGAGAAGGAGAAGCUCACUGGGGAUAUGCGCACUCUGUACGAUCGGUUAGUUCCGAGCCAGGAUAGCAAAGACCGAAGGGCAGCGUUUGUGAAGAAGCUCGAGAAUAUCCUCCAUACGGAGUGGCCAGGCAACGAGUUCACGGUCCACGUUUUUGGUUCGUCUGGAAAUGACUUGUACACCAAUGAAAGCGAUGUGGACAUCUGCAUUCAAACGCCCAUGAAAAGGCUAGAGGAAAUGCAUCAACUUGCCGCAGCACUCGACAAGCAUGGCAUGGAGAGAGUUGUUUGCAUACCGCAAGCAAAGGUUCGCAUCGUGAAAGUUUGGGAUCCUGUGCUCAAUCUUGCUUGCGACAUGAACGUCAAUAACACGCUGGCUUUGGAGAACACUCGAAUGAUCAAGACGUAUGUCCAGAUUGACGAUCGUGUUCGCCCGCUCGCUAUGAUUGUUAAGCACUGGACCAAGGAACGGAUAUUGAAUGAUGCUGCUAUUGGCGGUACUAUCAGUUCCUAUACUUGGAUAUGCAUGAUACUCAACUUCCUCCAAACCCGCGACCCUCCCAUAAUACCUUCGUUACACAAGCUCAAAGCCCAGCGAACCGAGUCGUUGUCUGGACCCUCCACAAGUUCCGAAUUCGUUGAUGAUGUUGAGAAGCUGAAAGGGUUCGGGGCUGGAAAUGACGAAUCACUGGGCGAACUGCUUUUUCAGUUCUUCCGUCGUUACGGACAUGAGGUCGAUUAUGAAAAGGAUGUCAUUUCGGUGCGUGAAGGUCGCCUUCUCAGCAGAGAAGAAAAAAGGUGGGAGACCAAAUUCCUCACCAAGGAAGCUCGCAAUAGGCUCUGUGUAGAAGAACCCUUCAACACCGAUCGCAACCUAGGAAAUUCUGCCGAUGAUUUCGCAUGGCGUGGUAUUCACCUCGAAAUACGACGCGCCUUUGAUCUUCUCGCCGACGGCCAGCAACUCGAUAAGGUAUGCGAACACUUCGAGUUUCCCCCGGAGGAGAAGACUACGUUGUUCAAGAAGCCGACUUCAACGGUCAAGCCAAUAUUACAAACGCCCAGCUCCCGCGGUGGACGUGGUGGUCAUAGAUCAGGAAGGGGCAAUUUCAACCAAAAGAAUAACAAUCACGGGUACGGGAGAAGAUCAUCUAGUGGCGCUUCUUUCAACAAUCGGCCGCCCUUCAUGCACAGUCCGCCCAUUGGCGCCAUGCCUGGACAGGAAUACUUCUCGCGGGGAUUAAAUGAGCAAUUGCAUGAUCAGCUGUACCAACAGUAUUUGACGUUGGAGAUGCAAUCAAACUCUCUGCGAGCACAGCUGGCUGCACAACAACGACAAGCACACCAGGUUCAGGCUGCACAGAUGCAUGCGCAUGCAGUGGCACAUGCACAGGCGCACGCGCAGGCGCACGCACAUGGGCGCGGACAGAACAGUUCCAGUGGAUCCCCUCAAAAGUCGCCAUACAUGAACGGCUCCAGCCCACGCAUGCAAGAAAUGGCCAUGCCUGCAAACGCUAUACCGCAGCUCUACUACCAAUACCAAGGCCUGUUUGAUCCGUCGCAAGGUGGCGGAAGUGUCUCCCACGAUGGCACGAGAACUAAUCCUUCCUCGCCUUCACUUGCACACAGCGUUCCCGGUGUACGCAGAAGUGUUCAUAGGUCUUCUAAUGCUAGCGAUACAGCUUCAAGUCGCUCGCAGUCGCAGCCCGCUCGUGGAGGCGCCCCGCAGAACUUUGUACCUGGCUAUCCUCCAAUGCCAGCCUAUUUCGACCCUUCAUCAUAUGCAGGCUAUCCCAUCGCGCACGUCACUCAAGAAGAACCUUCUUCUUCGGCGAUCAUCGAAACUCCUCAGAGCUCCCCGCCAAGCCAGGGCGCAGCUGCUCCAGAACAUGGCAACUCGAAAGAGUACGUUGGGUAUCAGGUUGUAGAAGAACCUCAGGCAAGAACACCACUACAGGACUACACUGUGCCGCAAAUUCCAUCUUUCACCGAGCUGGCUCAGCGUCGACGACGAGUCUCGUCUGAGAUAACGCAACCUUUGUUGAAUACUGCUCUACGACGAGUAUCACGAUCACCUUCGCCGCUGGGUGGUCAUAUGCGGAGCUAUACUGCCACCGGGGUCACGUCUCCAGAGAUCGGGCCACAGAUUCGCAAAGACUCAUCCCGUCCUGUGGACAAUGGUCCAAUUAUAGUGAACGGAUCCUACCCAACCCAACCGUUGGAGCCGAGGAGUCGAAGCGGAACUAUCGACGCAAUCCCUGCUUUGGAUUCGGAACCGUUGAAUGGACUAUGCAUACAAGCAAACCCCGCAUCCCACGCAUAUCCCUCGGACCAACAGCAAAUGCCCGUGCGCGUAGAUUCGCAACGUCAGAAAGCCUCAGAACAUAUGAUGGCCACGAUUGCCAAUGGUUCGAUGAAAAACGGGACUGGUGAAAUCAAUGGCCUUACUAGGGUGCCGAGUGGUGGCCAGCAUCCAUUUUCAACACUGCCGGAGAACUGGACGGGAUAUGAGACCAAUGGUGUGAGCAACAGCGGUCAAUCAGUUGAGACAUCCCCGCAACGGAGGCAGGCGCAACAUGUGCAACAACAUGUGCAACAACAGGCUCAACAACAGGCUCAACAACAGGCUCAACAGCAGGCGCAGCAGGCUCAACAUUGGCGACCAGUUGCAUACAUCAACGGAGUAACUCCUCUAGAAACGCUCAACGCACCCCGAGCACCACCACAGGAAAUCAAGUCAGCAGGCCUGCCACUCCUCUCGCCAGUCUUUGAGGCCCCGACCUCGUCUCCGACUACCAACCGCCAAAACGACCACCACAAGCUUGCAAAUGGUGGCAAGGCGCAGGCAAAGGAGAACCAUACCCAGCAGCGGCGUGCAUCACACACACCAGCAUUCUCCUCGCCCAAAGAGAAUUCUCGAAAUGGAUCACAAAAGGGGAAUUCUCACAACGACAAGGGAACCAAAGCCGCAUCUGGGUCAAACACAGGGAACUGGCAGACUAAUCAUAAAAAAUCUAAAAAAAAGGCCAAGUCAAAGUCAAAUGCAGAACCCAAGACUGCUGGUGAGCCAUUGCCGGCCAAUGCAGCAGAUCGGAAAGGAGGCUAGUCCAUACUCCGGUUUCUCGCCUUUAAGGUCAGCAUUACAAAGCUCAUGAAUACUUCGAAACGGUCCGCUCA